GCAAAACGCUUUUGCUCCAAACCUGGAGGCCCCACCCAUUCCCUGCCCUUGCUGAGAAACCUCCCUUUGAGGACGGGCUGGUGUGGGGAACCGGGAGGGUUUUAGCCUGGCUGGCACCCCAGGCUGGGGUUUAGCUGGGAGGAAAGUGUCUGAAGAACCCUCUGGGGCCUCUAGGGGUGGGUGGGCGCGACAGCCAUGCUCCCCAUGUGGGCCUCCGGUGGCUCACACAGGUCCUGGCCGCUAGGCUGUGGCACCUACUCCUCUACCCCCUCACCCUCCUGGGUGCUGGCUCGGGGGACGCCCUGGGUCCCACGGGUGGCCAGCAUCUGUCUCCUGAAGCCCAGGGCAGCCUCUGGGUGGGGGGUCCAGCCCUGGUGAGCAGCAGAUGAGCAGAGAGCGGGGCAUCAGAGGCUGGGGGCUCCUGUUCCUCUGGUGAGCGCCGGCUGUGGCUGGUGCAGCCCAAGGAUGUCUCAGAGGGGGCCCCGGGUUCUUCUGUGACCCUGGGGUUACAGAGCUGAGCUGCUGCUAAUUUUUGGUUUCAGACACACUUCCCGCUUUGGCCUUUGCAUGACCCACUUACUUUAUUUUUAAAAAAUCGAUAAACGUCUGUAAACCCAUAACCCAUGACAAGCCAGAGUUGUGGGGACAACUAGCCCCUCAGGGCCCCCAAGGCCCCCACCCCUGUCCUCUGACCUGGGUCUGGGGUUUGUGCUUUCUGUCUUAAACAGUAUCACUGCAUCCUGACAUAUUCCUAAGAUGUAUUCGGGGGGUUUUUAUUAAGUCUCCCUGCUGCUUGUACCUCAGGAACCUUUGAAGCUUGACGCUAACGAGGGUAGGGGAUACCUCUGCUUGGUGUCCACACCCUGUGAGUUUUGGCUGUGGGAUGGCGCUCGCCCCCGUGUUCCAUCCCAGCCUCGGGCACAUGGCUGCAGUCUGAGGCAGGGAUCUGGAGGGCAAAACCCGGGGGUGAGGCCAGACUAUCCAGGCAGAGUCCAGUCCUGGGUUCCAGGGAUGCCUUAAAUGCAAAAAUGGGCCACCUGGGGGGGCUGUGGGCAUGUCUGCAGGAGGACCAGAGGCUUCCUUGGUCUGGGUGCCCCCCGGGGGCUGCGCAGCCCUUGGCCUCAGUAACACCCUGCAUCUUGCUCUCCGGUCCACGAGCCUUCUGGGCACUCGGGAGAGCCGGUGGGGAGGGGGGCCGUGCCAAAGGGCAUGGGGUCUGGGAGCCCAGGGAGAGGAGAGCUUGUCUCUUGGGUUUCCCAGACGCGGUGCCCGUGGCUGUGAAGCCUGGCCCAGCCUGGGGUGGGAGCCGGGGCCGCGCUCUGCUCCAGUGGGCUGCGUCGGCCUGCAGCCAGCUGGCUCCUGGGGACCCGUCAUCUAGCGGAGGUUCUCUUCGACAGCAGCCGCUGCUUGGAAUCACCCAAACACCCCUAACACAUGACACACCCCUGAAUUGGAGUCCAGACCCCCCCCCCCCCCGCCCAGGCAACAGAGUCGGGUGCAGGGCACCUGUGGCUGUGAUGCUGGGGGCAGGGUGGAGGCUGGGGGGGUUACUCUCCACAUCCCUCCUCCCCCUCCGCUGACCCUGCACUCCCAGGGGCUGGGCACUGAGGCCCUUGUCCUCACUCCAAAGUCCUGCCCUAGGCUCGAGGCCUGGCACACAGAAAAUGGGCCACCCAGGGGGCUUGGUAAGGUCAAGGAUGAUGUCGGGAAGGGGACGGGGGGUGGAGCCAGGUGGCUGGCACUGGGGCUGUGCAGUCUCCUGGUUGGGACGUUCCUGGACAUCCGGGUAGGUGGAGCGUUUACACCACAGACCUGGCAAAUGCUCCCCAUCGGGGCUUAUUUCCCCCAGAACUGGUCUUUCGCACACGCUGGUGGGGAGUGGCCAGGCUGCAGCAGGCAGCGGAGCGGGCUGGACCCAACAGGCCCAGGCCCCGGGGGCUGCCCUCCCUUCCCCACACCUGCACUGAGGAGGCACUCUUCUGGAAACAGCCUCUGUCUGGGACGCACAACCCGCUCUCCUGGCCAUGGGUGGUGCCGUGGUUGACGAGGGCCCCACAGGCAUCAAGGCCCCUGAUGGGGGCUGGGGCUGGGCCGUUCUCUUUGGCUGCUUCGUCAUCACGGGCUUCUCCUACGCCUUCCCCAAGGCGGUCAGCGUCUUCUUCAAGGAGCUCAUGCGUGAGUUUGGAAUCGGUUACAGCGACACAGCCUGGAUUUCCUCCAUCCUGCUGGCCAUGUUGUAUGGGACAGGCCCACUCUGCAGCGUGUGCGUGAACCGCUUUGGCUGCCGGCCCGUCAUGCUCACGGGUGGCCUCCUGGCGUCCCUGGGCAUGGUGGCUGCGUCCUUCUGCAGAAGCAUCAUCCAGCUCUACCUCACCACUGGGGUCAUUACCGGCUUGGGUUUGGCGCUCAACUUCCAGCCGUCACUCAUCAUGCUCAACCGCUACUUUAACAAGAGGCGCCCCAUGGCCAACGGGCUGGCAGCCGCGGGCAGCCCUGUCUUCCUGUGCGCCCUGUCCCCACUGGGGCAGGUGCUGCAGGACCACUACGGCUGGCGGGGCGGCUUCCUCAUCCUGGGGGGCCUCCUGCUCAACUGCUGCGUGUGCGCCGCGCUCAUGAGGCCCCUGGAGGCGCCCAGGCCGGGUUCGGGGCCUGCGCCCCAGCGGCCAUCCCGGCGGCUGCUGGACCUGAGUGUCUUCAGGGACCGUGGCUUUGUCAUCUACGCCAUGGCCGCCUCCAUCAUGGUGCUGGGGCUCUUUGUGCCCCCCGUGUUUGUGGUGAGCUACGCCAAGGACCUGGGUGUGCCCGACACCCAGGCUGCCUUCCUGCUCACUGUGCUGGGCUUCGUCGACAUCUUUGCGCGGCCCACCGCCGGCUUCAUCACAGGCCUUAAGAAGGUGCGGCCCUACUCCGUCUACCUCUUCAGCUUCUCCAUGUUCUUCAAUGGCUUCACUGACCUCACGGGGUCCACAGCCAGCGACUACGGAGGCCUGGUGGUCUUCUGCAUCUUCUUCGGCAUCUCUUACGGCAUGGUGGGGGCCUUGCAGUUCGAGGUGCUCAUGGCUAUCGUGGGCACCCAGAAGUUCUCCAGUGCCAUUGGCCUUGUGCUACUGCUGGAGGCCAUCGCUGUGCUCAUUGGGCCCCCAUCAGGAGGCAAGCUCCUGGAUGCGACGCACGUCUACCAGUACGUGUUUGUCCUGGCAGGGGCCGAGGUGCUGGCCUCCUCCCUCGUGCUGGUGCUGGGCAACUUCUGCAUUAGGAGGAGGCCCGAGGCGGCCGUGGAGGAAGAGGAGCGCCACAAGCCCCCCGCAGACGUGAGGGUGGACUCUCGGGAGGUGGAGCACUUCCUGAAAGCAGAGCCCGAGAAAAACGGGGAGGUCGUUCACACCCCAGAAACAAGCGUCUGAGCCCAGGAGGCCAGUGGGGGUGACGGAACCGGACAGAGACUUCAACGCUCAUGUUUAUUUCACAAACAGGACUAGCUUGGCCGUCCGUGUUUCUCCAGGGAGGUGGUGGGCUGGGAACCGUGUCAUUCCAAACUGUGGUGAAGCCGAGCCGCGAGGUUAUGAGCCGUCUGCACCAGGGAACCAGCCUGCUGACCCUGGAGCAGCCUGGUGCCCACCGCUGAGCUCAGGGACCUAGAAACCCAUGCUUCAGAGACAACACAGUGGGCAUCAGAGGGCAAGGCUGGGGAGAGCCGGCCGAGCGGCACCGUCUCGGGAGGGGGCCUCCCCAAGCGGCUGGCUGCGCCCCAUCCUGCCGUCUCCACCACGGCACCCCAGCCCGCCCCUUGCAGGGUGCCUGGGGAACCAAACUCCCUCCCUUUGCCUCUGAAGGUCUGAAAUAAACCUGCGUGUGGGAGGAGCCAUCUUGGAAGGAA